GUUUCAUUGAUUAUUUUAUUCCUUCAGGUCUGUAGCCAUGGCCAUGGAAUCAGGCAUGUUCACCGUCCAGAAAACAGUCGGUAAUGUUCUAUGUUGCAAAUGUGGUAUCUCAAUGAUCCCUAAUGCUGCCAACAUGUGCGUGAAAUGUCUUCGAUCAGAAGUUGAUAUCACAGAAGGCUUACAAAAGCAUGUGAUUAUCAUACACUGCCCCGAAUGCGAUAGCUAUUUACAGCCACCAAGGACGUGGAUAAAAACACAGCUAGAAUCUAAAGAGCUUCUUACCUUCUGCGUUAAGAGGCUGAAAAAUAUCAACAAAAUGAGGCUGGUGAAUGCUGAAUUCAUCUGGACUGAGCCUCAUUCCAAGAGGAUAAAAGUGAAGCUGACUGUUCAGAAAGAAGUCCUUAACGGGGCUAUACUUGAACAGUCAUAUGUAGUCGAGUAUGUCGUUCAAGACCAAAUGUGUGAAUCUUGUUCCAGAGUUCAAGCGAAUCCUGACCAGUGGGUGGCCUCAGUCCAAUUGAGGCAACACGUCUCUCAUAGACGGUCAUUCUUCUUUCUUGAGCAGCUUAUACUCAAGCACGAUGCUGCAGUCAAAUCCAUAAGAAUCAAUCAAUUGGAUAAGGGAAUUGAUUUCUUCUUUGGUAACAGGAGUCACGCUGUGAAAUUCAUCGAGUUUCUAGGGAAGGUCGUUCCAAUCAAAAGUCGCGACGAUAAACAACUUGUCUCUCAAGACCAAAAGAGCAAUACUUACCAUUACAAAUACACUUUUUCAGUCGAGAUAUGCCCAAUCUGUCGCGAAGAUCUCAUCUGUCUACCGUCGAAAGUUUCAAACAGCUUGGGAAAUCUCGGACCAAUCGUAAUUUGCAUUAAAGUUAGCAACACUAUAUCCCUUUUGGACCCUAUUAGCCUCAGGCACUGUUUUCUAGACGCCGAUCAGUAUUGGCGAGUCGGAUUCAAAUCACUACUUACAAGUCGGCAGCUCGUUCAGUAUAUUGUUCUAGAUAUUGAGGUAAUCUCCUCAGAAGUUAGUAUUGCUGGUUCUAAGUACUUAAUGGCCGAUGCCCAAGUUGCUCGAGUGUCAGAUUUUGGUAGAAAUGAUACAAUAUUUAAUAUAAGAACUCAUUUGGGCCAUUUGUUGAAUCCGGGAGACUAUGCUCUUGGAUAUGACUUAUAUGGUGCUAAUAGCAAUGAUAUUGAGCUUGAUAAGUAUAGAGGUCUUGUUGUUCCUGAAGCGAUCUUAGUGAAGAAAUGCUACGAGGAGAGACGUCUGAGGAAACAUGGAAAGAAGGUGCGGUCUUGGAAGCUGAAAUCUUUGAAUAUGGAAGUUGAUCCUAAUGCUAGAGGGCUUAGAGGAGAAGAAGAGAAGAGGGAUUCUGAAUAUGAAAGUUUCUUGAGGGAUUUGGAGGAAAAUCCGGAUUUGAGGUUUAAUAUAUCUUUAUAUAGGAAUAAGGAAUAUCAGCCGUCUGAAAUGGGAUCUGUAACUGAUGGAGAGGAUGUGCCUUCUGUGCCUUUGGAUGAACUGCUGGCUGAUCUUGAACUAAAUGAUGAUAAUGAAGAUGAAGUUGAUGAUGAUGGUAACAUGAGUGAGUAAGUAAGUUAUGUUUUUGUCAAAGUUCAGAUUUUGUUGGUGUGCUAUUUUCUGUUAUGGGAUUUGAUGAUUUAUUUUUUCGUUUUGAAAGUACUUUUUUUUAAGUGGCUGUUUUUUUCUCUCGACUCUAUUUG